AUGGAGGAGCCCGUAAAAGACGAUGAGAAUUCGAUAUUCAAGACGAGAUCCUUCCGAACAAGCUUGAUUCAAGACUUUGGCAAAUAUGAGACUCGACUUCUCCUCAUCACACAAAUCGGAUAUAUCCCGGUGGCUGCUUCAAUGCUGCUCACGACAUUUGCUGAGCCUUCAGAACACUUCUGCACAUUCGUCACUUCUUCGGGCUUUGACGUAAAACAUGCAUUCAUGAAUAAUUAUUCAAAUGAAUUCUAUUCGCUGAGUGUGGAAUUCAAUAAAUCAUGCAAAUCCUCAUCGGGACAAGUCACAACGUUUCUGUCGAGCUUGCUCAUGUGGGGCGCAUUAAUCGGUUCAUUUUGUUGCGGCUGCUUAUCAGACGCCUACGGUAGAAAACCGGUUUUUGCAGGAUGUUUGGCAGCGAUUUCAGUAAUCAAUUUUCUGCUGUGCUUCUCAACAUUUCUCUCAUGGAUUACUGUUGCAUGUUUCCUUUUAAUUCUUGUAUUUUUCUGCGGAGGAUAUAUGGUUACCAAUUUUGUUCUCCUCACCGAGGCCCUCGAACUAAGCCGAUCGCGUUUGCUAGCGGUUUCCUUAAACGGAUGGAGUAUAUCAAUGGCAAUUACAUCAUUUUUGGCGUGGUCAACGCGCCACUGGUUCGCCUACCAUUCCGUAAUUGCACUAAUUGGCCUAAUCAUUACCUUUGUAGCGAAGUUCUUCACACUAGAGAGUUGUCGAUGGCUCUCAGCCAAAAAUCAGAAACUUCAAGCGAGAAACAAUGCGAUGGCAAUUAACCAAAUUAAUGGGAAAGAUUUGGUCGAAAAUGAUGUAAUUGAAUGGUACGAACUUCUCGGGUUCCCCGCGCCAAUGCGUUGCGCUUCAUCCGGAAAAUGGACAACAUUGUUUACAUCCCGGAAGCUUCUUAAGCCCACUCUUGUUAUGUUCUACUGUUUUGCUGCGUCGUCAAUUGUUUCCUUCGGUUUUUACUUCUCGCUCGACGUCCUUCCGGGAGAUCGCUACACAAAUUUGGCGUGUAUGGGUCUGUUCAAGUUUGCGCUUGGCUUCACCCCAUUCUGGCUCUCCAAUUUUCUCUCGAAGAAGACAAUCGCAACACUUUCCGUUGGUCUUUGCUGCAUUUCAGCGCUGCUGAUUUUCCCAAUCGAGAUUCUCGCAAAAAACAAUAUUGGUUGGAUUGUGAGCAUUCUUUCGGUAAUCGUUGGCGCCGGAAUGGAUCCCACAUGGAAAAUCAAUCACCUCUAUUCAACUGAGCUUUUCCCUACUUCCGUGCGCAGUAUGGGUCGAGGAGUUUGCAAUGUCGGUGGACGAUUGGGCUCAGUGAUUGCUCCUAUGAUUGUUUAUCUACGAUCCUAUGAUUCCGCCUAUCCGUUCAUCGUUUUUGCAGUUUUGCUGGUUGUCCAGUGGUUCAUUGUAAUUUGCUUUUUGCCAAAUGACAACGACAGAGAAGCGAAUGAGAUGGAUGAAGACUAA